CUGCAUUCCAGUCACAACAGACACAGAGACACUCUCAGUUUGGCUUUAGUGUCCGGGAGUGUGAAGAUCAGGGAAGAUCAAACUACCUCCUGUAGGUUGACCCCUGAGCCUCCGUGUCUCCCCUUCAAGGAUACAGGCAGCGCAUUGGGGACAACAUCACAGUCUCUCCUGAGUUCUGCCGACUUUGCCCAGGCCACAAUGUCACAGUUCAGUACGAUGCCAGCCGCAGAGAGGAAGAAGUGUGCAGCAGCUAUUUGCCGAGAGGUCAACCAUGGUAACAGUGGAGACGGCAUGGACCUGGGAAAAAAGCUCAGCACUCCUAAAGACAUCAUGUUGGAGGAGUUAUCACUGCUUUCCAACAGAGGCUCCCGGCUUUUCAAAAUGCGCCAGAGGAGAUCUGAGAAAUACACGUUUGAAAGUAUUCAGAAUGAAGCAAACGCGCAGCUAAACAAUGAUAUUUUAAAUGAAAACACACACACUGUGGAAAUCAAAGUGGAUGGACAAGGUCAUGGAAAUACUGCUGAUGCAGAAAACACUGUUUCAGACAUGACUGCAGACAAGUUAAACACCACAGCUAUGCCCAAGACCUAUCACACCCCAUGGGAGGAGGCCAUCCUCAGCGACCCUGACCUCGCUGAAACUGUCAAACUAACAAUGCCAGCGCCAGACCCACGGCCAGAGCUGCCCGAGUACAAGAGCUUUAACCGGGUUGCGACUCCAUACGGGGGCUUUGAAAAAUCCACCAGAGGAAUCACAUUUAAACUCCCCGAGGUGGAGCUGAACCCCCCCAGAUACCCAGAGCUGCAGGAGCCGGGGAUGAAGCGGCCCACCUUCAACAGGACGGCCCAGGGGUGGAUAUCCGAGGGCACCCACCUGAUCCUGCCCACGAUUACCCUGGAGCCCGUCCAGGUCCCAGAGUCUGAUGACCUGUAGAUGAUUUUGCUGUAGUAUUUAGUCUGUAACAACAAACCUGUCAGUUAGUUGCAAUGCCCUCCUGAUAUUUAAAAUCCUUCCCAUGCAAUGGACAAAAAAAAAAAAAAGAAAAGAAAAAGCCUCAUGUGUUUGCUCUUCAGUUAACUGUAGUAAGUUUACUGCAGACAGGAAACGUGUAUCCAAAGAUAUUGUGUAAAUAUGAAAAGGUGCGUGCUAUCCAGUGCAUUGUUCAGGAAAGAGUUCCACCAGAAACACUGAAAAGAAAACUGUAAAUUUUAAAUAUGUUCUAAUGACUUCAUGAAUGUGUAAUGUAAAUAAAUAAGCAGCUUAUUUAUUGGUGAUACAAGAGCAAAACUGGAUCAUGCAGAAAGUAUGUGAGCCGUAUUUCUGUUGUGUCUGUGGAACAAGAAAUAAAUAUGGAGAAAAAUAUAUAUGUAAUAAACUAA